AAUUUUCAUUUUAGCAGUUUCUCUCUCUCUCUCUCUCUCUCUCCCUCCCUCUACAGUACCAUUUUCUCUUACAGUGAUCUCUAGGGUUUAAUCAUAACGUUUACUUCCUUCUCUAGCUCUUCCCUUUGCUCUCCAGCACUUGUUUGAUUCCAUUUUUGUUUCAGCUCCAAAAUUUGUCUCUUGCUCUGAUUUUUGAAUAUUUUCAAGUAUAAAAAAGUUGAAAGGGGAAGGAUUUGAAUUUGAACUGAGAUGGGUAUUUGCUAUUCUUCGGGAAAGAGCAAGGGAAGCGACAAGGAGCGGGACAGCAAAAAUGAGAGUGGCAGAAAGUCCGUGAUAGGCAGCGUAAGUGGCGAUUUCAGCUCAUUUUUUAGCAAGCUAAAUGGCGGCGCCGGCGGCCCGGGAAGCGGACUGAUCGGCGGAGGAAUAAAGGAGCGUGCUUUGCAUCAGAUUCCGGGGAGGCUGUUCGCCAAUGGCUCAAGCGCAGUUGCCAGCUUGUUUACUCAGCAAGGAAAGAAAGGAACCAAUCAGGACGCUAUGAUCGUUUGGGAGAAUUUCUGUUCGAGAACCGGGACAAUCUUUUGUGGAGUAUUUGAUGGACAUGGGCCUUAUGGCCAUUUGGUAGCAAGGAAGGUUCGAGAUACUCUUCCACUAUUGUUGAAUGCGGAGUGGGAAGCCAAGUCUACCACUGAUCGAACCUCUGCCAGUGAGAAUGGGGACACCAAUGGAAACUCUCAAGUUGAUGAAUUCGUGGAUGAUGAUUUGUGUGAAUCAACAGAAGCUGAGAACAAUGAGAAAUUCCCUGAAAUGUAUCUACCACUUAAGCAGUCAAUAUUAAAGGCAUUCAAGUCUAUGGAUAAGGAACUCAAAUUGCACCCCACAAUUGACUGUUUCUGUAGUGGGACAACUGCUGUUGCCUUGGUGGUGCAGGGACAAGAUAUCAUAGUUGGAAAUGUUGGUGACUCAAGAGCUAUACUGGCAACAAGAGAUAGAGAUGACUCAUUGAUGGCUGUUCAACUGACGAUAGAUUUGAAGCCUAAUCUUCCAAGAGAAGCUGCUAGGAUCCAGAAAUACAAAGGAAGGGUUUUUGCGUUGCAAGAUGAGCCAGAGGUUGCGCGUGUGUGGUUACCCAAUAGUGAUUCACCUGGCCUGGCAAUGGCCAGAGCAUUUGGUGACUUCUGUCUUAAGGAUUUUGGUUUAAUUUCUGUCCCAGAUGUAUAUUACCACCGCAUAACUGAGAGAGAUGAGUUUGUUGUUCUUGCAACUGAUGGGGUAUGGGAUGUUCUUUCUAAUAAGGAAGUUGUGGAUAUUGUGGCCUCUGCUCCUAGUCCUGCCUCAGCUUCCAGAGCUCUUAUUGACUGUGCUACUAGAGCAUGGAGGCUCAAAUACCCCACAUCAAAGAAUGACGAUUGUGCUGUUGUGUGUCUCUUUUUGAAGCAAUUAUCCACUGUUGAGGCUGUUGUACAGCCUCAGGACAAUUUGACUAAAAAAGAUGGAGAGGAGAUUCAGACUGCAGAUGUUGGCACUGAGAAAUCAAACAUCGGUGAUGUUUCGGUUUCUGAUAGCUGUGUUCUUGAACACUCGGGUACUAUCAGAGAGAGCAGUGAGAUAGAGCCAGUCGUUGAGGAGACCCUCCCCAAGGAUAAAAGUCCCGAGCAAUCCAAGAAAAGCCUAGCGGAGUGUCUCUCAACUGCAGACGAUGAGGAAUGGUCAGCUCUUGAAGGUAUUACUCGGGUCAAUAGUCUACUUAGUAUUCCUAGGUUCUUGUCUGGCGGCGAUAAGAGGUCAGCUAGUUGGAGAAAAUGGUUGUGAGACUUGCAGAAGCCUGAUAUCGAGCAGUGUGGUCACUCGAAGUCACACACUUAUUAUCCCUUUAUGUGAGUCACACCAUGUCGCCAUCUUUCUCCAAAGUUGUGUAAAUGAAAUGAAAGUGAUAGGAGAGGGAGAGAUGGCUUCAACUAGUUGUAAAAGACUUGGAUAGGGAAUACACUACUAGUUGAUGCUCAUGUAUCAUUUGUAAAAUCUUUUGGCUGCUAAUAGUUGAGUGUGCCAGAACUAAUAGCUUUUGAGUGCAUUUUGGUAGGGAAAUUUUGUAUUCACUGCUGAAAUUUGGUUGUUACUCUAA